UAUAUUGAACGUUACGAGCAGUGGUUCUUUGGUAGUAAAGUUUGCUUAAGCUUAGGCGUAUGUACGGCAGUAGUUAGCUAACAAUUACCAGAAUGGAUUAUCGUGAUGAAGGGAGCAGCUCAUCUGAAUCGCUGAAUUUCAGUGAAAACGGCGCCAAAGGCAUGAUUGAAUUUAUCGGGGUGGAAAACGAUGAAGAAACACAAUUCGACAAUGAAAUAAGUCUUGAUUCAGUCAGGAAACCAUCUGCGAAAUAUGGAAAUGAUGUUAUGGAAGAUGAAGACGAUACUAUCGACAUGAUGAUGGAAGCGGAAAUGACAAAGGAGAAGUUCGUCCUAAUGUUUAUAGAAUCUGUGCGAAAUCGCCCAAUACUGUGGAAUUAUAACUCACGAGGAUACAGAGAUCCAUGUGUUGUACAAGAAGCUUGGAACUCACUGUCAGAACAAUUUGGAAUACCCGCAAAACAUCUUAAAGGAAAAUGGAAAGUUCUGCGAGCACAGUUUCGAAACAACUGUGCAAAACUGAGGAAGAUGCAAGCGUCAUCUGACAACAAAAAUUAUCCUACGUGGUUUGCAUUUGAAGCAAUGCGGUUUCUAAGCGAUUUAAACGGCAAGGUUGAACCUAAUGCGUCAGCAGGUAGCAGCUGUGUACAAAAUAAAUCAACACAAGGGGACGAAAAUGAUAAACAGAGUGUCAUAUUGGAGUUGAUCCAGCAAGUAAAACAAACUCCCGUGCUGUGGGACCAAAGUUGGCCACUUUACAAUACUAAAGCUGGGCAUAUGGCUUGGAAUACUAUAGCAAAACGAAUGAAUUUGCCAGUUGAUGAUUUGAAACUGAAAUGGACAACACUUAGGAGUCAAUUACGAAUUAUUCUUAACAAAAUCAAAAUCCAAUCGUCCUCUGGUUUGCCCGUAAGAAAACCAACAUGGUAUGCAUUUGAGGCGAUGCAAUUUGUUCUAAAAAAUAGGAAUACCAAUGGCGUUGGUCCUAAUUUCACACUGGAAGCAACACAACCCAUAACAGUAACAACAAAACCCUACGUGCCCAAAGCAGUCACAAUAAAACGAUUUGUGUCCACCACGGCCACACCAGAACAACCCGAACCUACCCCGGUUGAAGUAAAACAACACAUGCCAGAUCCGCUUACAGUGAUACAUCCCUUGCCCAAACCGGUAACAAUAAAACGGAUCGUGGCCAAACCGGAACACCUUUCACCGAUGUCAAAACCGUAUUUUCGCAAUUUUAAGCGACGUUACAAUGGCUCCACGGUGACUACGCCACCAAAACUAGUACGGAUAACGUCACACUCGUCACAAUCUACUUCAAAACCUGAUUCAUCAAUUAGGCCAUCGUCUUCUACUAGCAGUAGAAUAGAUCCGUUUAUUGUAAAAACAUUUCAAAACUUAUCAAAAAUCACCGACAAAAUAGCCCAGACUGAAUCCACACCGUACAGCGGAUUGCUUAAUCAUUUGACAGUUGUUUUAUCUAAAAAGCGUGCAAGUGAUUUUAAUGAAAUUGAAGGACUUCUCCUUAAUUGUUUGAAUGAGUUAAACAAAUUUCCAAACGCGACAAAAGAUCCUGUACUUGAUGUACCUCCUACUAUUGCUGUUGCUGAUGGCGAUUUAAAGGACGAAGAACGGGAGGAUUCGAACGAUGCAUAUGAAUAG